AUGGACGAUAGAAAGGCUUUCAUAGUCGGUAUUAGCGGGGCUUCGUCCAGCGGUAAGACGACGCUUGCCCGGCUGCUGCGCGAUGUCUUCCCGAAUACGUUUGUCCUGCACGAGGAUGAUUUUUAUAGGCCUGAGACUGAACUCCCUUACAAAGAAGGCCUCCUGGAUUGGGACUGCGCCGAGGCCAUUAACAUCCCAGACAUGAAGCGCGCGCUGGAACAUAUCCGCGCUCAUGGCACUUUUCCCCCCUUCGUAGACUCCAAAGAAGACCAAAACUCCAUCGGCGCUUGUCCCGUCUCCGACGCCGCCAUAUCAGCCGCCAAAGUCAAAGUAUCCUCGUGGCUACAGCCCGGCCAACCCGGCCACGCCAUCCUGCACGCCUCCAACCUCCGCAUCUGCCUCCUAGACGGGUUCCUGCUGUACUCGCCGCAGCUCGAAUCCGGGCGCAUCCCCUUGCUCCUCGACGCCAAGCUCUUCCUGCUCGUGAGCAAAGCGCGCGCGACCCAGCGGCGCCAGCGGCGCGACGGGUACGUCACGCUCGAAGGGUUCUGGGCCGAUCCCCCGGGGUACGUGGAGAAGGUCGUGUGGCCGAACUACGCGGCGGCGCACGCGGGGUUGUUUGUGGACGGGGAUGUGGAGGGGCGGUUGGAUGGGGGGGUGUUGCGGGAGAAGGGGAUUUUGGCGCAGGUCGAUGCUGGGUUGGAUGUUGAUAUGGAGGUUACGUUUAAGUGGGCGGUGGAUAUUUUGAUGAGGGAGUUGGAGGGGGUGUUGGGGAAGAAGGAAGGGGAGGGAAAGGGAGAGGGAGAGAGGGAGAGGUGA